UCGAUUUUUUUUCGUCAGUCGUCAAAAUGGCGUUCAUAAUGUCGUUUGUGUCGGUGGCGAUAUCAAUUCUUUACACGCCGUUUCUUCUUUUAAUUCUGUGCAUAAUAUUCCUCGCGUCAAUUGGAAAAUCUCUGGGAGUCCGACGUCUUUACGUGAACAUACUCCUCAAACUUUUCGAGUAUGGGCGCCAGCACAUCGAGGUGGCCAAGAAGCUGCAGCGGCACGACAGCUCAGAUGAAGACGAGGGGCCUCCCGCGCCAGACAAGCCGCCCUCCGCCGUCAUCAAGGAGAACGGGGUUAAUGGAGUAUCAAAGACCUCCGUGAUAGAACGCGCGGAGAUCCUGGGUCCCUCUCCGCAGCUGAACUACAAGCGCUCGGGCAGCGCGGAGCGGGGCAAGCUGCUCAACGGACACAAGCCCGCCGCCGCCAGGCCUGAUGCUACGCAAGACAACCUGGACUUCCACGUAUCCCACUGCCUGGACCUGGUGAAGGCCGGCGUGGAGAGCAUCAUCGAGGACCAGGUCACCAGCGUGUUCGAGGCGGAGGAGCUGCGCAGCUGGAACCUGCUCACCAGGACCAACUGUUCGUACGAGUUCCUGACGUGGCGGCUGACCAUCAUCUGGAUGAUGGGCUUCGUGGUGCGCUACUUCUUCCUGCUGCCGCUCAGGGUGCUCAUCUUCGCUAUUGGGGUGGUAACCAUGCUGGUAUCGACUCUACUGAUCAGUACGCUACCUCCGGGCAGACUGCGAACCUUCCUCGGCCGGAUGUCCUACAAAAUGUCAUUCCGAGUGCUAUUCCGGGGCCUCUCUUGCGUCAUAACCUACCACGACGAGAAAUACCGCCCACAAGGCAACGGCUUCUGUGUAGCCAAUCACACGAGCCCGAUCGACGUCGCCAUCUUGUCCUCCAACGACUGCUACUCUCUGAUCGGGCAGCGCCACGGCGGGUUCCUGGGGCUGCUACAGAGGGCGCUGGCGCGCGCGUCGCCGCACAUCUGGUUCGAGAGGAGCGAGACCAAGGAUCGACAUGCUGUCGCUAAGAGGCUAAAGGAGCACAUAUCGGUGCCCGACAACCCGCCGAUCCUGAUAUUCCCGGAGGGCACCUGCAUCAACAACACCUCGGUCAUGCAGUUCAAGAAGGGAUCCUUUGAAGUCGGGGGCACCAUCUACCCUGUGGCCAUCAAAUACGACCCGCGUUUCGGCGACGCUUUCUGGAACUCCUCUCGCUUUGGCAUGCUCCACUACUUACUCAACAUGAUGACGUCAUGGGCCAUAGUGUGCGACGUGUGGUACCUGCCGCCCAUGCGGCGGGAAGCGGACGAAUCGGCCGUCGACUUCGCUGAUAGAGUUAAGGCGUGCGUCGCGCGCCGCGGCGGAUUGGUGGAUCUACAAUGGGACGGACAGCUGAAACGAAUGAAACCCAAAAAGGAGUGGAGGGAAUUACAGCAGGAGGAAUUCAGCAAAAGGUUAAAAGGCGAAUAGAAACGCCGAGUGGACUUAGGACCAGUGACACGUGAGUGACUCACCCGACCGCGGUAGCGGGUUAUACGUUGUGUAUGUGUGUGUGCGGCCAAAGCGCCGUGAGCGGGAAGCGAUUUUUAAAUUAUUAAACUGUUUAAUAAUAGUAAUAUUUUUAUAUUUUAGUAGUGGUUUUGUAGUUUUGGUGUUUUGUGCGGAAGUUAAUUUUGGGUAAUGAAGAUGAUGUUUUUACUAAUUGUGUGACUUACUUCAUUUUAAAGUCUGUUUUAACGUUAUGUAGUAUUUAUGUAAUAAAAAUAAUGUUUCUUUUUUUUUAGUCAUUAACAACUUUUUAAACAUGUGAUAGACAGUCUGAACUGUUAAUAAGUUAAUUUUCGCACAAAACUACAAAAUUAAGUUAAAAUCUUAAUCUUGUAAACGAUUAUACGUUAGUUGGUGAGCGAAUUUAACGACGGCAAUGUUUGUGAAGUAAUUAUAAUAAAAAGGAUUUAGGAAAGCUGUCGUUUAUGGGGUGACAUUUCAUAAGUGGCCGUACCCGUACCAGGUUAAUGUACCUGACGUACACUGAAGAGUAAUAAAAACACAUAUUGAAAAAUUGAGUUUUCAAUUAAGGAUUAAGUUCAAUAAUACCACAUGCUCUUACGGUGAUGGAAAACAUCGCGAGGAAACCUGCACAUCUAGAUUCUAGAUGUGUAUCCUAAGUGCAUUAUUUAUUUCAUUACUUAUCCCAAAACGGCGAUAUGGUUCGCAACCUAUCACGUGACGUACAAAUGUGCUACGAAAAGUGGGUAGCUCGCUUGUGAGCCACCUCUGACUACCCCUUCGGGGAUUACAGUCGUGAGUGCAUAAAUAUAUCUUCAAAAUUUCGUCGCUGGAAAAGCAAAAAUGACAAAGUUUUUUUUUUUUCAAAAAUAAGUUCUAUAACAAGCCCGCCUUCCCUUUUACACUGAUAAAAUGUCACCCUGUACAUAAUAUAAUAUAAUUACGAGCCUUAAUAGUCUGUACCUACAGUCAAACUAUUAAGUCCUGACAUCAAAGAGUGCGAUUUUGCUAAGACUUUUAUGAUCAUCAGUUAUUUACUUACUUUUACAUACAUUUUAAAAAUAAAAUACCGAUUAAUUAUGAUUUUUUAACGGAUUUGUCCUUUAAUAAAUAUAACAGACCUAUAAAAUACGAUCUUAAACAAUUAGUUAGGAUCCACUUCCGUUUUCACGGCUUUAUAGUUGGACUGUACAUUAGUAUUUAAUUUUGUGACAUUAGUUUUCAGUAUAAAAUUGUUACUCUAUAUUUCAUACAAGUCACAAGAUUAAUACACUCUUUAUCAUAGACUAUAUAGUCUAUGCCUAUAUUUUAGAGGCUCUAGAAUUUUAACCUAUAUUUUUCGUGUCCAAAGAGAUAUUUUGUUACUUCAAUAUAUACCUACAAUCUAAAUGUUUCCAUAACCUCUACCAAUGUUGCUACACAAAAAUAACGUAAAAUUUCGGUAAGAAUACUGAAAAAAUAGUCAAGGUAACCGUCCACCUAUCGGUAUCGUAUAUCGUACGUAUCGCACCAAACGGAUUGUCAUAAAUGUAUGGAGAAACGGCGUCGGCAAUGCCGAUGAAGUGGACGCACUUCUGUGAAUUUCUACACAAAGAAUACUGAAUGCGAUGCGUCCGUUGCGUAGGAUUCCGAAAGGUAGACGCUUACCUUUAGGUCACCCAGUUUAAGACAUCACAUGCAUAAUAAUAUUGCCAACGUCAGCCUAUUCAUAAAGGAAGAUUAGAGCUACAUUUUCGAAUUAUUUCAGAAGUAUAGAUUUGUCUUGUUAAAGUGAGGCAUUAACACUUACUCCAUGCCAGUCUUAGUGCCAAUUUCUCCAUAGUUGGUUAUCUAACCGACAGGGAUUGAUUUACUAAUUAUACGUCAGCUCCAUAUAAAAUUCACGACAGAUGUGUCAAUAUCCCUGGUUAUGCUAUAACCGACUGUGGAGAAAUUGGCACUGAAACUAUCGUCUUAAACUAUGAUAGAAUCCAUAUUUAUUUGUUGUAAAAGUCGGUUCUUAUUUAUUGUAUUUAAAUGUAGAACCGACCGAACAAAAUGUUUUUAAUUUUAAAAAACGCUUGCCUCUUCGUUUUUAUCGCUUUUUUACGAUUGUGUAUUUUGUCUACUUACUUUUUAAAUGUACUAAAAAGUUAUUUUAAGAAUUCGGUAUCGUCUCGAGAAAUUAUGCAUUUUUCUAAUGAAAUAAAAUGCAUUUAAUUUAUUUAAUUCAUUAUUAAAUUAUUGUUGUAAUCAUGCCAUCACAAUGUUUAUACGAAUGGUUAUAAAAGGCCUAGUUUUAGGGUAUUAUUACAGUAGUUUUUGGGUUGUGUGUAGUCAAGCAAAUAAUUUUGAUAUUUCAGUGUGUAAAUGUUACGUUUAUAGUUAACGUAUUAUGUGAUUUUUUUAUCAAUUUCAUUAGCUGUUAUCUGUUAAAUCGUUUUAUAUAAAAGUUUUUGGGAUGUGAGUCCGUUAGCGUGAUGCAUUUGAAACAACCAGAAGAUAUGUAUUUAUUUUAACUAUUUUGUCUGCGGUGAGUGUGUUUUGAACGCACUUGCAUAGACAAAGAUCCUAAUAUCUCAAACUCCUUAUUCUGAGGAAUUUCGGGACUUUCAAUAAACGUAUAUUUGUGGCAUCUACAAGCAACAUAAGUACUCAUUAUUAGAUAAAAUAUAUUAUCAAUUAAAAUUCAGUCUUUAGUUUAGUUCUAAUCCCGUAGAUAAAUACUAAUAUUUAUCACAUUUUUCUAUAACUUUUGGAAAACUUUUUAAAAAUUGUUUCAUGUCAUUUUGGAUGCCCUAUUAUAAAAACAAUGUUUGUAGUAAUCAAUAAAUAAUUAUGUUGGCAUCAUUUAUUUUCAAAUAUACAGGUUGUUGCGAAAGUACUAUAUAGUAAGAUGAAAAGGGUGGGUGACUCAGGGUGUCACACUAAAUAAUGUUGAUACAUGUUGACAAAAUCUAUUCGCUAUCUAUGGUAAAUAUUCUAAAGUUGUUGAAAAUGACCCCUUGAGUUACCACCUUCGGUCUACUAUACAAUUUUCCCAACACCCUGUAUAACAACGUCCAGUUGCGUUAAAUAAAUGGUGUUAUACCAUUGCCAUGUAUGUAGGUUAUGUAAGUAGAAGCCUGCAUAGGGCUAUAAAAUAUUGUAACAAAUUGAGAAAGCGAAAUGGAUACGUUGGCUUAUUUACCGAUGAUGAUGAUGAUGAUGAUUUUUAGUAAACAUUUUAACAUACGUACACAAAUCUGGGCCUCUAGUACGGGUUACGCAGUUUACGUAAACGAAAAAAGUUUUGGUUUCCUUCUAUUCUAUCAUCUGCCUACAUUAUCUGUCAAAAGUUUCAUGAUAGUUUCCGCUAGAGGCGCCACUUUGUAUGCGAAAAACUGAAACUUUUAUAGUUUUUGACAAUCUGUCAAACAUGUACUAGACCUACUGGCUUAUUUAAAGUACGAUUUUUUACCCUCCAUUUGUUAAAAAUCCCGUAGGUGCAGUUAUUCAAAUAUAUCCUCGUGGUACGGGUCUUACGACAUCGAUAAACUAUUUAUCGCGAAUCAUGACAUAUUGACGUUUAUCCACGUCGAUAACGGACCUAUACCAAGAUUGAAAUCGUACUUUAACGCUUGAACGUGUGUAACUAUAAAAUCACUGAUUUUAAAUGAUUUGCGUAACAGUUUACAACUAUUUAUUUAUUUCUCACGCUUUUAACACAAGUGAUAUUUAGAUAGAAGGUGGCAUUCAAUGCAGAAGGAAAGUAGGAAAACGAACAGAGCAAUUGAAGUCUGUUUUUUAAUCUCAGAUAC